GGUGCUGUCUGGCUUCCGGUUUUAUGCUGAAUUUGACACACAAUGAGGUGCAGGGAACAACCUCGCGAAACGCCGCUGUAAAUAAAUAGAACAAUCACUGAAGCCACAGAAUCAUGGAGAAUCAGGUAAAGUUACUUUUAUGUCCCCUCGUGAAUCCUGAACUUUUAACCGAAAAAAUGCUAGAAGGCUGCGCCCGGGACAGAAAUGAAUGCCUGGUGCUCGAAAAAAAUCCUGCUAAUCGAACUCAUAGUUGGCUCACGAGCUUUGCUAGUUGGCUAACGUUAGCCUCACUCAGCAUUGCUAGCUAGCCACACAAUCAGACGUGACACAAAGGGAUUUAUUGCUUGCUUGUGUAUUAUGGCCUAGUAUAUUGAGAAAGUAAGACAUACUUACUCCUUACCCGGUUCAUAACCUAAUUUAGCACGAGCUACUACCUGCUAGGGACGCUCUCGCGGCCCUUCGCUACGUAAAUAGCGGCUACAAGGCACCGGUGGAAAGGGUUGCUCUUUCCAGGUCUGGGUGGAGGGGUGUGUAUCUAGCGACGAGGAAUUGAAAAGCGGGAAUCACAUCAUCAGUUUAAAGAUUGUGCACUAAUGAAGAUAUUUGAAAAUCGUAGAUACAAAUUGCGUGUGUAACAGCUAACAUGGAAGAACGUCCAUGCACUAUGUCCACAUCGAUGUCCAUUGACAGAGAUUAGCAGGCCAUCUAACUUUUCAAAAUCUCAUGUCAGUAACUCUGCUGUUACUCUAGGUAGGAGUUUUAAUGCAUGCUGACAAUGAGAAUGCAAACUCUAUUUCCAUAUCAAAGUCAGUGACUCAUGGCAUGCACUUGUGGGAACAUGUCACUGUCCAGUGUUACCGCUUUGAAGAAUGGAAUUCCGUGACGACAAGGAAGGACUCAUAUUUUUAUCCUGAUUACCCCGAUUACCCAUAGUGGCAAACAAUAUAAAACUAUCCAUCAUCAACAACCAUAAAACAUCUAAGAAGAUAGUCAUUGUAUUUUUGUGCAUUUCAAGUUUUGUCUGUAUGGUUUGAAAUCUAGAUCUAAACUGCCCUCUGGCUACAUGCCUUAUUUUUGGAAAUCUCAUAAAGAUUGAUGGGCCUUGUUGUGCAUCAUAACGUCUGUGCUUUGUCAUUGUAGGAUUUGUGCUAUUAUCAAAAGCACAGUUCAAUUCACAAUAAUGCACCAAAGAUGGUCAUGUUCAUACCAGAUAGUGGUGGGAUAGUGGCUUGCUUUCUAAUUGGAGUAGACUAGAGUAUGAUCUCUGUAAGGGCUGUGGUGUCUGGUGGGGCCUGCCCACCCGUACAGAGCUCAAAGUUCUGCAGGUGUGUCUGUUCUGUUGUGGUCUGUUGAUAGAGUAGUCUGUUUUCAUGCACCGGAGCAGGAGAGCUGCAACUUCGUCUCUUUUGUCUGUGUGCCUCAUCAAAGGAGACUUUCAUAUGAUUUUUUUCCUUGGUCAUGUUAUUUUCAUGGCACGUGGGGAUUCAUUGUUAUGAGAGCCUGCUUGUCUGCCAAGGAAUGCAUUUCCUAGGGGGGUUCACUUGCCACAAGGAUGGGGCUCAAUGUAUUUUGUUAUCUUGUUCUGGCUGGGAAGUGAACCAAAUUAAAUUACAGAAUGUCAUUCGGUCUCUGUGAAUAUUCUUUAAUGAAUCAAGAAUCUUUCUCGCAUAAGCAUCAGUGUAGACGGUGCUCUUGUCUUUUUCCUUGAGUCAUUGUCAAUGCCAACCAUCUCAGACCUAUUUUGUUUGUUAUGAUCUCUGAUCUGUGAAGGUUAGUGUAUGAAUGGUGGGUUGUAUCUUGGCUGUAUUUGGUGAUGGGCAGUGAUCCUGUGGAGCUGGUUGGUUGAUGGGGAGGGGCUCCAUGGCUGCUGCACUGACCCAGGGUGUGGUACCAUCUGGAGUUAAAGGGCAUUACCGCCACAGAAUGGCCGGGCGAGACGCCAGGGAGGGGUGUGUGUGUGAGGCUGAGAGUGCCAGACCAGCUCAUCUCAAUCCUGUCCCCUAAUCUCUCCACUCAGUCACAGCUCAUGAGCACUGCGGAAAGAAGGGGCCAAAUCCCCACAUUCUUCAGGCAUGGACAUAAAGUGCCUUUUCUGUCCCCCCCCCCCCCACAAUCCCUCUUUAGUAGCUGUCCCGAUCGCUGCAGCAUGUCAUUUGGAUGUCCGUCCAACUACUAUCAUUUUCACAGUCUAUGUAUUCUCUGUGUCCAUCUCAGAACAACUAACCUUUUGAAAUUGUAGUAUAGAAUUAUUUUCCUUUUCUUAAAAGGUCCAAUGCAGCCGUUUUUACUCUGUCAUAUAAUUUGUGGGUAAUAAUUAAGUACAGUGAGGGAAAAAAGUAUUUGAUCCCCUGCUGAUUUUAUACGUGUCCCCACUGACAAAGAAAUGAUCAGUCAAAUUUUAAUGGUAGGUUUAUUUGAACAGUGAGAGACAGAAUAACAAAACAAAAAAUCCAGAAAAACGCAUGUCAAAAAUGUUAUAAAUUGAUUAGCAUUUCUAAUGAGGGAAAUAAGUAUUUGACCCCUCUGCAAAACAUGACUUAGUACUUGGUGGCAAAACCCUUGUUGGCAAUCAGAGGUCAGAUGUUUCUUGUAGUUGGCCACCAGGUUUGCACACAUCUCAGGAAGGAUUUUGUCCCACUCCUCUUUGCAGAUCUUCUCCAAGUCAUUAAGGUUUUGAGGCUGACAUUUGGCAACUCAAACCUUCAGCUCCCUCCACAGAUUUUCUAUGGGAUUAAGGUCUGGAGACUGGCUAGGCCACUCCAGGACCUUAAUGUGCUUCUUCUUGAGCCACUCCUUUGUUGCCUUGGCCGUGUGUUUUGGGUCAUUGUCAUGCUGGAAUACCCAUCCACGACCCAUUUUCAAUGCCCUGGCUGAGGGAAGGAGGUUCUCUCCCAAGAUUUGACGGUACAUGGCCCUGUCCAUCGUCCCUUUGAUGCGGUGAAGUUGUCCUGUCCCCUUAGCAGAACCCCCCCCCCCCAAAGCAUAAUAUUUCCACCUCCAUGUUUGACGGUGGGGAUGGUGUUCUUGGGGUCAUAGGCAGCAUUCCUCCUCCUCCAAACACGGCGAGUUGAGUUGAUGCCAAAGAGCUCCAUUUUGGUCUCAUCUGACCACAACACUUUCACCCAGUUCUCCUCUGAAUCAUUCAGAUGUUCAUUGGCAAACUUCAGACGGGCAUGUAUAUGUUCUUUCUUGAGCAGGGCGACUUUGCGGGCGCUGCAGGAUUUCAGUCCUUCAUGGUGUAGUGUGUUACCAAUUGUUUUCUUGGUGACUAUGGUUCCAGCUGCCUUGAGAUCAUUGACAAGAUCCUCCCUUGUAUUUCUGGGCUGAUUCCUCACCGUUCUCAUGAUCAUUGCAACUCCACGAGGUGAGAUCUUGCAUGGAGCCCCAGGCUGAGGAAGAUUGACAGUUCUUUUGUGUUUCUUCCAUUUGCGAAUAAUCACACCAACUGUUGUCACCUUCUCACCAAGCUGCUUGGCGAUGGUCUUGUAGCCCAUUCCAGCCUUGUGUAGGUCUACAAUCUUGUCCCUGACAUACUUGGAGAGCUCUUUGGUCUUGGCCAUGGUAGAGAGUUUGGAAUCUGAUUGAUUGAUUGCUUCUGUGGACAGGUGUCUUUUAUACAGGUAACAAGCUGAGAUUAGGAGCACUCCCUUUAAGAGUGUGCUCCUAAUCUCAGCUCGUUACCUGUAUAAAAGACACCUGGGAGCCAGAAAUCUUUCUGAUUGAGAGGGGGUCAAAUACUUAUUUCCCUCAUUAAAAUGCAAAUCAAUUUAUAACAUUUUUGACAUGCGUUUUUCUGGAUUUUUGUUUUGUUAUUCUGUCUCUCACUGUUCAAAUAAACCUACCAUUAAAAUUAUAGACUGAUCAUUUCUUUGUCAGUGGGCAAACGUACUAAAUCAGCAGGGGAUCAAAUACUUUGUUCCCUCACUGUACCUUACUGUGAUUGUUUUCAAUAAAAUGGUCUAAAAGAAACAAAAAUAGCUUUAUAGCAAAGAGCUAUUUCUCAAGCAAGAAUUUUACUAGGACUGUCAGGGAGUGGUCUGAGUGGGGAGGGGGAAACUGAAAACGAACUGUUAUUGGCAGAGAUGUUUGGAAAUCUCUUUCUUAUUGGUCUAUUAACUAUGAUGUCACCAGGCAGCCCAAAACUCCAUCCCACCAAAACAGGCUGAAAUUUCAGGCUGUCUAAUCAAGCAGCUUUUACACUAAAAGGCACUAUCAUAAUUUUCACAGUAUUAUUCCAACCUCAUAAUGUGGAAUUCUAUAGAAAACAAUAGAAAAUCACGUUUUUGACUGCGCUGGGCCUUUAAGCUAUACUAUUUCUUUAACCAAGCUACUAACUCGUGAUGAAUUUUAGAUGCUAGGCCUAAUGUUUUCUUUGUUUAGUUUUUCUUUGCUACAGUGCCUUCAGAAAGUAUUCCUACCUCUUGACUUAUUCCACAUUGUGUUGUUACAGCAUGAAUUCAAAAUUGAUUUUUUUAAAAUCCUCACCCAUCUAAACACAAUACCCCAUAUUGACAAAGUGAAAACCAUGUUUUUAGUCAUUUUUCGAAUGUAUAGAAAAAGAAAUACUAAAAUAUCUAAUUUACAUUAGUAUUCACACCCCCGAGUCCAUACAUGCUCGAUUCACCUUUGGCAGCGAAUUACAGCUGUGAGUCUCUAAGAGCUUUCCACACCUGGAUUGUACAAUAUUUGCCCAUUUUAUUAUUUUCAUAAUUCUUCAAGCUCUGUCAAAUUGGUUGUUGAUCAUUGCUAGACAACCAUUUUCAAGUCUUACCGUAGACUUUCAAGCAGGUUUAAACUUUUAACUUGGCCACUCCGGAACAUUCACGGUCUUCUUGGUAAGCAACUCCAGUGUAGAUUUGGUCUUGUGUUGUAGGUUAUUGUCCUGCUGAAAGGUGAAUCCCAGUGUCUAGUGGAAUGCAGACUGAACCAGGUUUUCCUCUAGGAUUUUGCCUGUGCUUAGGUCCAUUCCGUUUAUUUUUUAUCCUGAAAAACUUCCCAGUCUUUACCAUUUACAAGCAUACCCAUAACAUGAUGCAGCCACCACUAUGCUUGAAAAUAUGGAGAGUGGUACUCAGUAAUGUGUUGUAUUGGAUUUGCCCCAAACAUUGCACUUUGUAUUCAGGACAAAAAGUACAUUGCUUUGCCAUAUUGUUUGCAUUAUUACUUUAGUGUCUUAUUGCAAACAGGAUGAAUGUUUUGGAAUAUUUGUAUUCUGUACAGACUUCCUUCUUUUCACUCUGUCAAUUAGGUUAGUAUUGUGGAGUUACUACAAUGUUUUUGAUCCAUCCUCAGUUUUCUCCUAUCACAGCCAUUAAACUAUGUAACUGUUUUAAAGUCACCAUUGGCCACCAUUGUCCUUCCUCUCCAGCAACUGAGUUAGGAAGGACGCCUGUAUCUUUGUAGUGACAGGGUGUCAAUACGAUACACCAUCCAAAGUGUAAUUAAUAACUUCACCAUGCUCAAAGGGAUAUUCAAUGUCUGCUUUUUUAUUUUUACCCAUUUACCAAUAGGUGCCCUUCUUUGCGAGGCAUUGGAAAACCUCCCUGGUCUUUGUGGUUGAAUCUGUUUGAAAUUCACUGCUCGACUGAGGGACCUUACAGAUAAUUGUGUGUGUGGGAUACAGAGAUGAGGUAGGCUAGUCAUUCAGAAAUCAUGUUAAACACUAUUAUUGUACACAGUGAGUCCAUGCAAUUUAUUAUGUGACUUGUUAAGCACAUUUUGACUCCUGAACUUAUUUAGGCUUGCCAUAACAAAGGGGUUGCAUACUUACUUAUUGACUCAAGACAUUUCAGCUUUUCAUUUUUUAUUAAAAUAAUAAUAAUUUCGAAAAACAUAAUUCCAGUUUGACAUUAUGGGAUAUUGUGUGUUGGCCGCUGACAAAAAAAUAUCUCAAUUUAAUCCAUUUUAAAUUCGGGCUGUAACAACAAAAUGUGGAAAAAGUCAGGGGGUGGGAAUACUUAAUGAAGGCACUGUAUGUCUGACCUUGUCCCUGUGUCUGCAGUGCACAGUGCAGGUGAAGCUGGAGCUAGGACACCGAGCCCAGUUGAGGAAGAAGGUGACCUCGGAGGGCUUCACCCACGACUGGAUGGUGUUUGUGCGAGGGCCUGAGACUGGGGAUAUACAGCACUUUGUGGAGAAGGUUGUCUUCCGGCUGCAUGAGAGCUUCCCCAAACCCAAGAGAGGUGGGUCGGACAAAGCAUACUCUUGCACACACACACACACACGAACUUGCCUCAAACUGGUUCUGUGAUUACUUUGUUUUGUUUUUGUCUGGGGAGGGGAGAGAGGAUUCACCUUGACAACUUUGUCUUAACCAAUAUUGUUACAUUUAUUCUAUAGUAGUGUGAUGUGCAAACACACAGAAGGGCUGUAGAUUAUUGCCUACUACCUCUAACGUGCAUGUUGCUCGGUCAGAUUUUUCCAAGUGAGUGCCUUUGCAUUGGCUUUUUUCCCAUUCGUAUUGAACUUCACCAAACAUGAUGUCUUCUGUGGUCUUCUCCAGACCAGGCACAUCUCGCCUCAUUAAGUCACUGUAAAGCUUAGGGUCACUGUCCAUGAUGGCGGUCAUUAUGGUCAUUGCACAAUAUGGCUCCCACAAGCUUCAGGUUGUAAUGACUGGCUCUCCCAGGGAGGCUGGAGCUAGUUCCCCAUUAACCUUCUAGCAAUGACCAUUGAUGUUAUCCUGAAUGUAUGUUGCUGAUGUGCCUGUGUUGUCUCUUCAGUAUGCAAGGAGCCACCAUACAAAGUGGAGGAGUCGGGCUACGCUGGGUUCCUCAUGCCCAUCGAGGUCUACUUCAAGAACAAGGUGAGAGCUCAGUCACAACCUCUGUAAUGGUACUAUGUUAACAGUGUCACUAUCCCUCAGGAUAUUGGCUACUGUUACCUGUGAUUCCUAAUGGAUUUGAUUUUCUCUGGUGCUCUAUAUAUAUAUUUUUUUGGGUCUAUCAAUAUUAAUGUCGUUUGAUUGGUAUUCAAUGUGCACACAUGGUUCAUUUGCUGCUUUUAGUCAUGUGCAGUAUGUGUGGAGACACCAGGUUGAGGUGUAAGCGAUACGGGGCUGUGUGUGGUGACACUGGUCAUGCUAGUAGUGGGCCUUUUGCUGCUGGUCUGGCUGGUGUACUGUCUGUCUGGCUGCACCUCAUGUCACUCUAGGUCCUGUUUAAAAGGGCCUACAGUUUAUCUGGAAUGUGUGCUGUGAAUGUUUUUACUGGCCCCUGUCCUGUCCUUUAUCUGUAACCCUAUGACUCCUGGCAUGUUCUGAAAGUGGCGGGUGAACAGAAAGUCUCAGUUUGUUUACCAAAAUGUCCUACUGUUUGCCUUAGUUAAGAUGAAGUUCUCUCCCAAUGUAGAAUGUUAGGGCUUAUCAGUGUGUGUACUCCAGAUAUGCCUCUUAUUGACUUGGCAGGGUAUCGCGUAUUCUUACUGUUAGCUGAUAAUAUGCUGCUGAUAAGGACUUAACAGGGCUUGGCGGUGCAUGGCUAACUAGAUAUGUGAACUCAUUAUUAUUUACAGGAGGAGCCUAAAAAGGUGUGCUUCAACUAUGACCUCUUCCUGAACCUGGAGGGGAACCCCCCUGUCAAUCACCUGCGCUGUGAGAAGCUCACUUUUAACAACCCCACACGGGAGUUCAGACGCAAGUUGGUCAAGGCUGGAGGGGUGAGAUGGGGAAAGGGAUACAUGUGGGAUGAUAUGGGAUGAGUGGGGAGUGUUGUAGUGGAAUGGCAAGAGAGAAUGUACCGUGUUGUUGUUUGUCCUCAGUCUUCUGACUCUCUGUGUCUCUCAGGUCAUUGUGGUGCCGGAAGGGACAGAGGCGGUGUCGAAGCCCAGUCCAGACUACCCCAUGCUCCCCACCAUCCCACUAUCUGCCUUCUCAGACCCCAAGAAGACCAAGACCUCCCACGGGUCAAAGGUUAGCACUGUGCCUAGCCUACCACACUGAUAAGGAGAAGGAGUAGGAAUGUGUAACGUAUUGCUCAACCAGUCAAUACAGCAGAGGAUAGGAGAGUAGGGUACAGUUGAGAUAAGGGACGGAAAACCCUGUGUGUGUUCUUUGUUCCCCCAGCCUUUAAUCAUAUAAUGGGAUCCUUUCAUUAAUCUAGCUGGACUUCCGCUCCAUUCUCUGAUCACUGAUGAUCCCAAAUACACUGGCAUGAUUACAAACAUCCAAUCCUGGUUUAAUGUUUACCACUCUGUUGAAUUAUCAUAGUAUUAACGUGGACGAUCUAUGUUUUGCGUAUGGAUACGUGCAUGCAUGUUGUGGAAUGAUAAGAAUGACGGAAGGUGAAUGGCAGUUCUCCAGUGGGCCUUUGGCUAAGAGUGCAUUGACAGUAGAGUGAUUAGGGUAGUGAUGGAUCAGCUGGGUUCUCUGUAGGAUACAUACCAGUGGCGGUCGGUGCUGUUUUUUCCUUAAUGAACAUGGCCUUAUUUUUAUUACAGCAUAUUGAAUGACUGUCAUUUAUAUUCCAUUCACCCAGUUCAAUGUAACAGCAAUUGGUUUAGGCUACUACGUGAUACUCACAUUUUCCCUAUACCUAUCAUGAGGUUGCUACAACCUAGCCUAUGAAUGAAAGUUUACAACGUAGGUGCACACAGGUCGAGAGAAAUUUGAGGUGACAGACCGUGACACAUUCAAUACCGCCUUGCACACUCUUGCCUGCAUCUAGCUGAUCUAGGGUGUAACCAUUAGUCCAACAGUUGCAAACAAGAGUUUAUAGUGGACAAAUUCUGGUAUGUUUAUCGCCGUUUCAUUCCAUUUGCUUCUGUUUAAGAAACGUAAUUCAACAGAAUCGGCGGAAUGAAUACACCCCUGAUCACGCAUAAACACGGUUCACUUUCAUAGCAGCCACAUUGUAUUCCUUCUCGCAUCUACGUGCUCUUCUCCUCUCACCCUUUUCCCCUUCGCUUGUGGACUUCAAUGCACAACACAUCAGCUGUAUGUGGCCAGGCAAAAAAACCUUUCAAGGCAAACCAUAUCAUAACUGCUACACACAGCCUACAUCGUUGUCACCAUAUUAGCUAAAGUAACGCCAUAGUCAACAUAUCUAAUAGAACUAAUGCGUUAGUAAACCCGCUACUAUCAUGCAGUAACGUUACAGUGUACAGUCAGUAAGCAGUUUAGCACUUACACCGGCGGGCCCCGGUUGGCAAUAAAUUAGUCAAACCAAAAGCUUUCCUUGACUUGGAAGAGUUUCAGUGUUAUGUUGGAUAGUCAUAGCCAGCUAGCUAACAUAGCAUCCCUCUGUUUGAGCAGGGUUUCUGAGUAGGCUAAACUUGCUAGCUGCAUUUACUAGCUAAGUAAGUGAGGGAAAAAAUGUCUAUCUCUUUCUUGCUUCUCCUUCAUUUUGGAAGAAAUUCAUUUGUUCAAAACUGUUCAACUAUUGUCUUUCUCUCUUUCAGUCAACUACUCACCACUUUUUAAGCAGUGCUAGCUGUAGCUUAUGCUUUCAGUACUAGAUUCAUUCUCUGAUCCUUUGAUUGGUUGGACAACAUGUCAGUUCAUGCUGCAAGAACUCUUGAUAGGUUGGAGGACGUCCUCCGGAAGUUGUCAUAAUUACCGUGCAAGUCUAUGGAAGGGGGUGAGAACCAUGACCCUCCUAGGAUUUGUAUUGAAGUCAUUGUACCCAGAGGAGGACAGAAGCUACCUGUACUCCGGCUACACCAUGGUGCUACCCUACAGAGUGCUGUUAAGGCUACUGUAGACCUUCAUUGCAAAACAAUAAAUACUCGUACUAACCAUACUAUUUGUGACGUAAAUUGAGUAUGUAGUAUGCUUAUUGGUCAUAGUAUGGAUAUACAAUGGGGGAAAAAAGUAUUUAGUCAACCAAAGUAACAAAGCCUACCAUCAGUAACACACUACGCCGCCAGGGACUCAAAUCCUGCAGUGCCAGACGUGUCCCCCUGCUUAAACCAGUACAUGUCCAGGCACGUCUGAAGUUUGCUAGAGUGCAUUUGGAUGAUCCAGAAGAGGAUUGGGAGAAUGUCAUAUGGUCAGAUGAAACCAAAAUAUAACUUUUUGGUAAAAACUCAACUCGUCGUGUUUGGAGGACAAAGAAUGCUGAGUUGCAUCCAAAGAACACCAUACCUACUGUGAAGCAUGGGGGUGGAAACAUCAUGCUUUGGGGCUGUUUUUCUGCAAAGGGACCAGGACGACUGAUCCGUGUAAAGGAAAGAAUGAAUGGGGCCAUGUAUCGUGAGAUUUUGAGUGAAAACCUCCUUCCAUCAGCAAGGGCAUUGAAGAUGAAACGUGGCUGGGUCUUUCAGCAUGACAAUGAUCCCAAACACACCGCCCGGGCAACGAAGGAGUGGCUUCGUAAGAAGCAUUUCAAGGUCCUGGAGUGGCCUAGCCAGUCUCCAGAUCUCAACCCCAUAGAAAAUCUUUGGAGGGAGUUGAAAGUCUGUGUUGCCCAGCGACAGCCCCAAAACAUCACUGCUCUAGAGGAGAUCUGCAUGGAGGAAUGGGCAAAAUACCAGCAACAGUGUGUGAAAACCUUGUGAAGACUUACAGAAACGUUUGACUUGUGUCAUUGCCAACAAAGGGUAUAUAACAAAGUAUUGAGAAACUUUUGUUAUUGACCAAAUACUUAAACAUCACCAUAAUUUGCAAAUAAAUUCAUUAAAAAUCCUACAAUGUGAUUUUCUGGAUUUCUUUUUCUAAUUUUGUCUGUCAUAGUUGACGUGUACCUAUGAUGAAAGUUACAGGCCUCUCAUCUUUUUAAGUGGGAGAACUUGCACAAUUGGUGGCUGACUAAAUACUUUUUUCCCCCACUGUAGUUAGUAUGCCAAAAGUUCCCGGAUGUUGUACUAAAUUUGCCAAAAUACGAAGUAUACAAGCAGUGGACACUAUUUCCGUAUUUUCGGGCCCAUAAUGCAAUUCUUCAGAAAAUUGGCGUGGCUUCACAACGUUUUCAGAUUUGAAGAAAAUGCCUGAAAAUUUGCAGCCGAAGUCCGACGAGUGGAUACAAAUUCAUCCCUUUAACUAAUUAUGACAAAUGUUGAGCAAUGUCUUUUCAAAUAAGUUACGUUACACGUUAUGUUGGCUGACAAUUUGUUAGCUACGCUAUCCUUACGAACCGCAUAGCAUUACAGUAUGUUAGCUAGUUACCGUCCUAAGGUUAGUUGGCUACUAAUACAUCGAACUUGCCAGGCAGUAUAUUAACUAUAACUGAACUACAUUUACAUUUUAGUCAUUUAGUAGACGCUCUUAUCCAGAGCGACUUACAGUUAGUGAGUGCAUACCUUUUUUAUAUUUUAUACUGGAAUCAAACCCACAACCCUGGCGUUGCAAAUGCCAUGCUCUACCAACUGAGCUACAUCCCUGCCGGCCAUUCCCUCCCCUACCCUGGACGACGCAUGGCCAAUUGUGCGCCGCCCCAUGGGUCUCCCGGUUGCGGCCAGCUACGACAGAGCCUGGAUUCGAACCAGGAUCUCUAGUGGCACAGCUAGCACUGCGAUGCAGUGCCUUAGACCACUGCGCCAACGUUUAUUGUCUAGCUAGUCAUUUGUUAUGCUAACAAGCUAGCAAGAGGUUACAUAGCAACAGCAUCAACUUCGGAUAGACAGGUGAAGCGCUUGUAUGCUCAACUGAAAGGAUACCAUUCGUUUACAGUAUACUAAAAUUAACUUAUAGUAUGUAGUUAUAUACUCAUUAUGUAGUAUACAGUAUGUUAGUAUGGGUAUUCGAACACAGCUAAUGUGUUUUAAUCAAUUAUUUGUUGACGUGAAUAUAUUUCGUAUAGUUUUAUCUAAAAAAUGAUAACUUUAAAAAAAUGUUUUACAGUUUCUAUUUUUAUGAAUUUCACUGAGGUGGAUGGUCCUCCCCUGAGGAGCCUCCACUGAUAUACAUACAGUAUAUACUGUAUCACUGGGUGUACAAAACAUUAAGGACACCUUCCAAAUAUUGAGUUGCACUCCCCUUUUUUCUCUCAGAACAGCAUCAAUUCGUCGGGGCAAGGACUCUACAAGGUGUUGAAAGCAUUCCACAGGGAUGCUGGCCCAUGUUGACUCCAAUGCUUCCCACAGUUGUGUCAAGUUGGCUGGAUGUUCUUUGGGUGGUGGACCGUUCUUGAUACACACAAGCAACUGUUGAGCAAAAACCCAGCAGCGUUGCUGUUCUUGACACAAACCAGUGUGCCUGGCACCUACUACCAUACCCUGUUCAAAAGCACUUACAUCUUUUGUCUUGCCCAUUCACCCUCUGAAUGGCACACAUACACAAUCCAUGUCUCAAUUGUCUCAAGGCUUAAAAAUCCUUAUUUGACCUGUCUCCUCCCCUUCAUCUACACUGAUUUGAAGUGGAUUUAACAAGUGACAUCAAUAAGAGAUCACCGCUUUCACCUGGUCAGCCUAUGUCAUAGAAAGAGCAGGUCUCCUUAAUAUUUUGUACACUCAGUAUAUAGAGAGAGUAAAGCACAAUUAAAUGCUCUUACACAUCUUUAUUUGUUGACAAUCAAGAAAGGUAUGUGGCGGAGCAUAUGGGCCCUACUUCACUCUAUUACGUAUUAUUCCAUCCCAGCACAUAAUUAGAAAGUGAUUGUGUGUUUAAUAUCGUCCUAUUGUCCCUGUCUUUAGGAGCCCAGUAAAGAAGGCAGUGGAGGCAGCAGUAAAGGGCCCAAGCCCCACAAGCUGACCAAGGAGCACCGCGAACGCCCCCGCAAAGACUCUGAGAGCAAGGCGGCGUCUAAGGGUGACAGCGACCGCGACGGGGGAGGAGGGGGUAGCAGCAAGAGCGCCCGUGAGCCAUCUUCCUCUUCCAAGAAGCCAGCAGAGCUCAAAGUCAAAGACGAGGGCAAGGUCCUUCCGAAGGCCGCCUUCAAAGAGCCCAAACUCACACUGAAGGAGGCCAAGAUGGAGGGCAUGUCCCCCAAAGGAGGGGGCCCACUGGAGUCCAAAGCCCCCGGGAAGCGGCCCUCCACCGCGGAGUCUCCCAAACCCAGCGCCAAGAAGCCGAAGAAGGGCAGCUCGGAGGGAUCUAAGGGGGCAGCUGCAGUGCCCUUCACCGGAGCCUCUCCCCGGGUCACUUCAUCAUCUGCAGUCGUCCCAGGCUACCCAGAGAAGAAACCCCCCAAGAAACCCCCCAAGAGCAGCAAGGCCGACACUCAGGAGGCCAAGGAGCCCAAGAAACUGCCUGAGUCUGACGACUCCAACUCUGAGGAUGAAGCCUCCUCCAAAUCAGAGCAGUCAGUCCCCUCCAGUCCCUCAAACUCCACCUCCAGCUCUGACUCCAGCUCAGAGUCUGAUUUUGAGCCUGGACAGAAACAAGGCCAAGGUAUGUCCACUAUGACCAUCUCUUGACUGGGAUCUACAUCCAUUGGAGAUGAGAUUGACAGAAUCUGAUUCUGAUUUCAUGUUUGUCCUUCUUUUAGACUAAGCUAUCCAGAUGUUUAGUUGAUGGUUGUGAUGCAUACAUGUGCACUACCAGUCAAAAGUUGGACACGCCUACUCAUUCAAGGGUUUUUCUUAAUUUUUUACAUUGUAGAAUAAUAGUGAAGACAUCAAAACUAUGAAAUAACACAUAUGGAAUCAUGUAGUAACCAAAAAAGUGUUAAACAAAUCAAAAUAUAUUUUAUAUUUGAGAUUAUUCAAAUAGCCACCCUAUGCCUUGAUGACAGCUUUGCACACUCUUGGCGUUCUCUCAACCAGCUUCACCUGGAAUGCUUUUCCAACAGUGUUGAAGGAGCACCUGUUGGCUGCUUUUCCUUCACUCUGCCGUCCAACUCAUCCCAAACCAUCUCAAUUGGGUUGAGGUCGGGUGAUUAUGGAGGCCAGGUCAUCUGAUGCAGCACUCCAUCACUCUCCUUCUUGGUAAAAUAGCCCUUACACAGCCUGGAGGUGUGUUGGGUCAUUGUCCUGUUUAAAAAUAAAUGAUAGUCCCACUAAGCCCAAACCAGAUGGGAUGGCGUAUCGCUGUAGAAUGCUGUGGUAGCCAUGCUGGUUAAGUGUGCCUUGAAUUCUAAAUAAAUCACAGACAGUGUCACCAGUAAAGCACCAUAACACCACCUCCUCCAUGCUUUACGGUGGGAACUACACAUGCGGAGACCAUCCGUUCACCCACACGGUUUGAACCAAAAAUCUCAAAUUUGGACACCAGACCAAAGGACACAUUUCCACCGGUCUAAUGUCCAUUGCUUUUGUUUCUUGGCUCAAGCCAAGAAACAAAAGCAAUUGGUGCGUUCACCCUAUAGCCAGUGGGAUAAUCACUUUACAAAUUUUAUUUUUUUAUUUUUUUAUUAUUAUUUUUUAUUUAUUUAUUUUUUAUUUAUUUUUUGGGGGGGGGUAGAAGGAUUACUUUAUCCUAUCCCAGGUAUUCCUUAAAGAGGUGGGGUUUCAAAUGUCUCCGGAAGGUGGUGAGUGACUCCGCUGUCCUGGCGUCGUGAGGGAGCUUGUUCCACCAUUGUAGUGGUUCUACAAUUCCACUUUUAGUAGUGGUUUCUUUGCAGCAAUUUGACCAUGAAGGCCUGAUUCACACAGUCCCCUCUGAACAGUUGAUGUAGAGAUGUGUCUGUUACUUGAACUCUGUGAAGCAUUUAUUUGUGCUGCAAUUUCUGAGGCUGGUAACUCUAAUGAACUUAUCCUCUGCAGCAGAGGUAACUCUGGGUCUUCCAUUCCUGUGGCGGUCGUCAUGAGAGCCAGUUUCAUCAUAGCGCUUGAUGGUUUUUGCAACUGCACUUUUUCCGUAUUGACUGACCUUCAUGUCUUAAAGUAAUGAUGGACUGUCGUUUCGCUUUGCUUAUUUGAGCUGUUCUUGCCAUAAUAUGGACUAUGGUCUUUUACCAAAUAGGGCUAUCUUCUGUAUACCCCCCUACCAUGUCACAACACAACUGAUUGGCUCAAACGCAAAAAGAAGGAAAGAAAUUCCACAAAUUAACUUUUAAGAAGGCACAUCUGUUAAUUGAAAUGCAUUCCAGGUGACUACCUCAUGAAGCUGGUUAAGAGAAUGCCAAGAGUGUGCAAAACUGUCAUCAAGGCAAAGGGUGGCUAUUUGAAGAAUCUCAAAUAUAUUUUGAUUUGUUUAACACUUUUUUUGGUUACUACAUGAUUCCAUAAGUGUUGUUUCAUAGUUUGGAUGUCUUCACUAUUAUUCUACAAUGUAGAAAAUAGUAAAAUAAAGAAAAACCCUUGAAUGACUAGGUGUGUCCAAACUUUUGACUGGCAGUGUACAUUUAGCAGAUGUUCUCUAUUGGUGUGUAAAUCUACUCUAGGCCCGCUGCGCUCUAUGGUGGAGGACCUACAGUCGGAGGGGUCAGAUGAUGACGACAGCAGCUCAGAGGAAGGGACGCCUGUCAAGACCAACCCGCCCAACCGUGACUCUCGGUAAGAUUCUGAUUCUCCUCUCUCAUUCUCUCUCUCUAAUGCUCAUUAUAUCUCCAAGUUUGUUGCUUACUCUUUCUUUUCACCUAUGAUGCUUCUCCAAUUAGUUUUCACUGGUUAUCCUUGGCUAUGGAUGUUUGUGUUACUUAUGAGACACAGUGGGUCAGUAUGUCUAGCACAUAAGCCCAUACUUGUGUUCGCUGUCGUUUAUAGGUGUUACAUAGUUUUUGAAGGAAAUCUGUAAAUCAUUUUAAUAGUUGCAGUUAUUGAGUCAACACAAACCCAGACUUGAAGUUGUGCUAAUCCCUUCACCAAAAAGUGUUCCCACCCACAUACCCAGGCUCCCUGUGCUAAACAGGGCACAAUGAGCGCUGUCUGACCUUUGCCCUCCUGUUCCCUGUCAGACUGAGCCUGGACAGCGAGAGUGACAGCAGUGACGGCUCGCACCGCCCCAGUCGAGACCCGGCGCCGCCUCCACAGAAACACAGCUCCUCCAAUAACAAGGUAAAACACAGACUGAGGAGCACUCCCAGGAUGGUUUUCUCCAUUUCCAUCUCUAGUGUCGCUCUUCUGACGAAGCGGCAUCAUUAAUGAUUGUUACUCACUUAACCAGGUUUACCUCUGCACAUGUACUUUAUUGACGUUUCGGUCAUUACCGGUAGUUUAUCAUUGAUGGCUAAGCAAUGGGUUUUAUAUUCCUAGCACCACAGCACCACACGUAUUCCUAGCACCACAGCACCACACGUAUUCCAAGCACCACAGCACCACACGUAUUCCUAGCACCACAGCACCACACGUAUUCCUAGCACCGCAGCACCACAUGUAUUCCUAGCACCACACACGGACUGUGGUGGUGUGUGUCCAUUUGCUCUCCUAAAGCACCAUCCUUCCCAUUAUCUGUUUAUCCUUCUGUCCUCUCCGUCUCUCUCUGUGGUCUGUCUAUCUCUGAGCAGGUCUUGGGCAGGAAGAGCCCAGACAUCUGCAGCCGCCCAGAGAAGGUGCUCAAGAAGGGAUACGACAAGGUAGGAAGGGUAAAUAUUCACACUUUUUUUAUUACCUUUUUUCUUAUGUCUCUUGUUCAAACAUCUAUCAAGUAAUUAUAUUACCAGUGCAGUGUUCAAUAUACUCUAGUUCAAAUUCUACAAUACUGCUUUAUCACCACUAUUCUAGAGAUCACUACCAGCUUGUCACUCCACAUUCUUCCUGGUGUAAAACUCACUCAGACAGAUGCAGGAGACAACACUGGUUAAUCAGUAAUCACAUACUGAAUGGAACUGUUCUAAUAAUAGGUAACUCACUAAGCACUUAUCCACUAACCACCACCUCUCCUCUCCAGGCCUACACAGAGGAGCUGGUGGACCUCCACCGCAGACUAAUGGCUCUGAGGGAGCGCAACGUCCUACAGCAGGUAUGUGUGUGGUUGUGUUGACAUAUGGAAGUGUGUGGCGUAUACAUGUGUUGUCAUGCCACAGUUCAUGCUAUUUUGUAUGUUAUCAUCAAUGGGAUUUUAUGUUCAUCUAAACCCGGGUCUUACCCUCCUCUCCUCUCUUCCCCCAGAUAGUGAAUCUGAUCGAGGAGACGGGCCACUUCAACGUGACCAACACCACCUUUGACUUUGACCUGUUCUCUCUGGACGAGUCGACCGUCCGCAAACUACAGAGCUACCUGGAGACCACGUGACAGGAAGCCUGCAGCGCAGAGGACCGCGGCGGGGCCGAUGCUGGGCUGCUCUCUCUCCUCAGCCCUUGGACCCCCACUGGGGGGGUCUAGCAGUAGCAGAGCUACAGAACAACAACAGAACACACACUUUCACUAUUUGCUGGAGAAGAACAGAAUGGAGGAACAGGACGAGGGGAGGAGAGAGGAGGAGGUCAGAGUGAGAGAGAGAGCAGCUAUUCCACUGUCCCUCUAACCUGGACUAGACUGGACUGGACUGAAGGACCGGACUAUAGGAGCUGGCCUGUCUGGACUGGGACUGGCAGGAGAUGUAUUAUAUAUGUUUCUUGUGCAGAGCAGCCUGUGUGAAGAACUGUGGAAUGCGACCGCUCUCCUCUCCCUCCCCCUCUCGCCUCACAUCUAGCCAUGGCAAACCCAAUACUUCCCUCCUCCUCUCCUUCCUCCCCACUCACACUCUCUUACUCGGCACAACACUCCUCCCCUCCCCCUCCUCUCAGCUGGAGUUCAUUUCUCUGUAGGCAUAUUCCUGUCUAUGCAUGCGUUCGUGUGUGUGUGUGUGAGGGAGUG